AUGAGCCGAUGCCGAUAUGCCCGAAAGCGGUUUUAUGCGGGCGCUCCGUUUGACCCGUGCUGGUUCAAUAAGGGGGAUAAGGUCGCACAAACCCGCCGCGGAAGGAUGGCGAUCGCAAAAGCAAACUCAAACCAGAUCCAGUGCAAGGCAAAGACGACGAGCAGGGGAAUCAUGUUCAUUUACACGUCAAGAGACGUUCAAGUACUGAUCGAUGGCGGAUGGGAUUCUCUGUACCGCGUGGUCGUAAAUAAAUCUGGAGAUCCCGUGGUUAUGGACUCCGAGAUAACAGUUCAAGGCACUCGAGGUUUAGAUCCCAUGCAAUGGCGGUAUGGCGGGCGAGCGCUCAAGGGCGGUAAACGCAACUUUCGGGACACAAACGGCUCAAGUUACACAGAAAGCAAUGUCACAGAGGACGCACAUAUACCAGAUCUGUUACAAACGAGCAUAUAG